GAAAACUUACUGCACUGAUUGGUUAAAAAGGUUCAGUUAAAGUUGUACUUAAGCAACGCACGAUUCUUUUAUGAUUAUACUUCGGUGUUUCCGUAGUCCGUAAAUAUGUACAAAUUAAAGUUUUUCUUGUGCUACAUAUCUAUGAUAUUAGCAGGUGUUAAACAUGUCUGCUCGGAGGAACCAUAUGAAUCCAGAUAUAUGGAAGAAAGACUGUUGGAGAAAAUGACAGAGAUAGAUAUUAAGAUGCAGAUAGCGUUAGGAAAAUUAGAUAAAAUGGAAGAAACUAAAAACCGACAAAGGGGCGGCGUCUCAAGUUUGUUGACAUCUGGACCACGGGCGUUGCUGGUGAAAGACUUAGAAGACGAUGGCUGGGAGAUGAUUUUUCGCGCCACAGCUGGUAACGGACAAAGCGCCUAUGAAGCAUGGACAACAGGUGUUGGUACUUGUGUCGACAAGCCGAUAUCAAUGGCAAGGUCAUAUGCCAGCCACUACAGAAACAGUAUCAUCUUAAACUGGGCCAAUAUCGGUAUAAAAUAUGUCAAAUAUGCCUACUACGAUGGCACGCAGGAAGUUGCCUACGUCAUAUUCAACGCAAGCGGAAGUGACAUGAACUCCUGGUUUGACAAGACUCGUGUUAUUUCAUCUAGCUUCUCGGACCUUACUACGGCCAAUAACUUCAACUACUUCUCAAUCCCAGGGGAAUUCAUUUCAGGACAUCGUGCACGACGUUUCCUUAUUAACAAACAUUAUGGCGGCUGUGAUUCAGACCGUGGGCACCUUGUAGUUUCUGAAAAUGAACCAAUUAACACAUGCAAUUGGGACAAACAUCCAACAUACCCACAGUUCCUUUAUUCCAAGAUCAACUCAGCGGACUACUGGAACAGAAGAAUGUUCGGACGAGCUGAUUACAUGGCAAUAUUCAUAAAAACUAAUUAGACACUUUAAGUCAUCUACAACAGGAAAUUUAUAUUACAGACUACAAUUAUUUUCUUUGAUUUUACUUUUUUGUUACAGUGAAGAUCGUCUAUAUUCAUAGGGGGGACUACUUUUCGUAAAAAAAAUCAAAUCCCAACGAACAAGUAAAAUUCCCAUUCAUUUUGUAUUUAAAUUUUUAAAGCCGCGGAUUCAUAUCCCAACGAAAUAGCAGUUUUCACCAAAACCAUGAAAUUUUCGAGCUCACGAAAUUAAAUGAUUUCACAGUAAUCGAUUAUCCAUCUUCGUAAAAGUGACAUAAUUUUUCUUUCAUUUCACAUAUGCACUGAGCUGAAACCCAACCGAAAAAGAGUCCGACUACAUGCUUCUACAUAUUUUCAACCAGAAAAUCGGUCAAUUUUCGAAUAAGAUGUGAAAGCCCUAACGAAAAGAAAGCAGUAUCAGUUCGGACUUGGUUUUAGUUCGGUGAAUAUGUGAAUAGAACAAAUCAUAUUCACUAUAAAAGAUUUAAUUUCAUUUUGUCGCGAAAUUAAAAAAAAAAAUACAUAGAUACACGUAAAAUUCUCAUCGUAUCAUAAUCUUCUAACAAACGUUUUUCUUCCAAUAAAUGUAACAACUGAGAAUGCAUGAUCUAAAUAAAUUUGAUAUUUACAAUUAA